CCUUAGCAUCUCUUCAGUAAUAAUCUGGGGAUCCUUGAGAACUGGAGGAAAACCCUAUCAUUUUUUCAUGUGAUGGAUUAAUAUUAAAUUACAAUAGGGAAUAUUAUAAUAAUGGAUUUUUUUCCAUCCUUUCAGGGUUUGAAAGUAUUCUUGAAGGGCUGUUUGGACCUGCAUUUUUAAAAGAUCUCAGUUUAUUUAAAGACUGUGAACCUGAAAGCAUUUCUGAUUGGACUUUUGAUGAAAAUUGUCUGUUCUGUUGCUUGAGAAGAGAUAAAGUAAAGGGACACUUAGUCGGUCUGGAUGAACCAGCUUCAGGAGCUGGGCGGGAAGCUCUGCUUAAACAAGAGCAAGCAAAAAUCAUUCGAUUCGAGAAACAAGCAGAAGAGUUCCUCAAUGCAGUCUUUUAUAGAAAAGACAGUCCCUGGGUCUCCGACCCCAAUAUUCCCCUAGUGGCCCGUGAGAUCAUGCAGCGAAUGAUCCAACAAUUUGCUGCUGAAUAUACCUCAAAAAAUAGCUCUACUCAGGACCCCAGCCAGCCCAAUAGCACAAAGAACCAAAGCCUGCCGAAAGCAUCUCCAGUCACCACCUCUCCCACGGCUGCAACUACUCAGAACCCUGUGCUCAGCAAACUUCUCAUGGCUGACCAAGACUCACCUCUGGACCUUACUGUCAGAAAGUCUCAGUCAGAACCUAGUGAACAAGACGGUGUACUUGAUCUAUCCACUAAGAAAAGUCCAUGUGCUGGCAGCACUUCCCUGAGCCAUUCUCCAGGCUGCUCCAGUACUCCAGGGAACGGUGAGAACGCAACAGAGGCAAUAGCAGUAGAUUCUAACAAUCAGUCGAAGUCCCCCCUGGAGAAGUUUAUGGUCAAAUUGUGCACUCAUCAUCAGAAGCAGUUCAUUCGUGUUCUGAACGAUCUGUACACCGAAUCUCAGCCAGACACCGAGGACCUACAACAUUCUGAUUCUGGAACAAUGGAUGCAUCCACUUGCAAUGCUGGCUGUGCCCAGCUAGGCACCAGACAUAAGGAAAAUGAUGCUCUGUGUCUCGAUAUGAAGUCUCCUCAUUCUGUAGAUUUGAUAGACUCAUCAGGCUCUCACAGUCCUCUACCCUUGGCAGAAAAGGCCCUGAAGGAGCCUCCUCCUGAGACGAACUCUGUAGAUGGAAGAGAGAAUGCCUUGACUAAUGUACAGAAAGAUCCCUCUGAACUUCCAACCACUAAACCUAAUUCUGGGAGUUCAACGGAUAGUUCCACUCUGGGAUACCUUAGUACAUCUAAUUCUUCCCCGUUCAACCUCCAUCACACCUCUGAGAGCGUGGAGGGGCAAACCACUGGACAGGAGCAAGACACAAAUGUGAAAGUAUGUGAGGAUGGUAAAGACCAUAUGCAGAGUUCAGCUUUAGUAGAAAGUCUGGUUGCAGGAAAAUCGGCAACUGAGACUAGUGAGGAGAACAGCACCUGUAUUGUUUCUCAAAGACAUUCAUUCAGAGCUUUAUCAGAAGAGGCUUGGGACUCGGGGUUUACAGGGAAUUCAUCUAGAACUGCUGACAAAGAGAAUACUUUACAAUGUAGCUCCAGAAUGCCUUUGCGCCAGGAUUUAGAGGCAAGUGAACAAGAUUCAAGGCCAAAGCAAGAGAACCAUCUUCACUCACUAGGAAGAAAUAAGGUGGGUUACCAUUUGCAUCCCAGCGAUAAGGGCCAGUAUGAUCAUUCCAAAGAUGGUUGGUUAGCCCCCAGCCCCAUGCCAGCUGUGCACAAAGCAUCCAAUGGACACUCUCGAACCAAGAUGUUAUCAGCCUCCAUCAAGACAGCUCGGAAGAGUAAAAGGGCAUCAGGGCUGAGGAUAAAUGAUUAUGAUAACCAAUGUGAUGUCGUUUAUAUCAGUCAGCCAAUAACAGAAUGCCACUUUGAGAAUCAGAGAUCGAUGUUGUCUUCUCGGAAAACAGCCAGAAAAAGUACUCGAGGGUACUUUUUCAAUGGUGAUUGUUGCGAGCUGCCGACUGUUCGCACACUGGCCAGAAACUUACACUCCCAAGAAAAACCAAGCUGCUCAACACUGGCAUCAGAGGCAGUGGUCACUCCCAAACAGACCCUCAUCAUUUCAGCCCCGAGACCUACGGUGGAUGUGCAGCUUCCCAGAGAGGACAACGCUGAAGAGCCUAGUGAAGAAAUAACCUCCCCCAAGGAAGGAGACAGCGAUGCUUCAUCUGAGAAGAAAUCUCAAGAGCCUGAGGUUUGCCCCACAGUGAACCAACCCAAUCCAACCAGCUCCCCAAGGUCAGAGGAAGCAACAGCCUCCAGCCUGGCAUGGCCUCUCCCAGCUCACCUUCCGGAAGAGGCCAUGCCCGAAGGCAGCUCCAUGGUCGCAGCUCCCACAGCAGGUGGGAUAGCUUCCCCUGAACGAGACCAAUGCCCAGCUGAACUGCCUGAUGCAAAGGGGACGAGUGAACCUGAAGACUGUCCCCUGGUUCCCUCUACUGAGAGCUUUUCUGAGGGAGACAGAGAAGAUGUUGUGUCUAGGCCUAGUUCUUCUCCUAAAACAGUCAGAAGGGCAGAAAGUCCUCUGUGCUCAGAAAAUCAAAGUGCCCCCGUGAGCUUGGAGCCUCCUGCGAGCCUGGGAAAGGCUGAGGAUGGACAAAGCAUCAGUACUGAGACCGAGACUGAAGAUGCCCAGGAGCUGGAUUCUGACCCGCUCUCGAAGGAAAGCAGCACUUUGACUAAGAAAGACCCCAGUGACAUUGAGGAAAGUAAGGCAGCAAGUAGUACAGGAAAAUUAGAGGAAGAAGGUGAUGAUAGAAAACAUCCUUCAGAAAAAGAUAUGUGUGAACAAACCAUUGACUCACCUGAAGAGAACUCGGACAAGAAGAAAAAGGGUAAAAAAUGUCCUGAGGCCUCAGAUAGGUGCCUAAGAAGUCAACUUUCAGAUUCUUCCUCUGCCGAUAAGGACCUAAGAAAUCAAAGUUCAGAUUCUUCUUCUGCUUGCUCUGAGGUCAAGGUUUCUAAAAAUCCUGGUGCAGAAUGUUCUGAAAAAGAAGAGUACCCUGGUGGAACAACACCGGAGGACUUUCUGACCGAGGGUCUCCACCCAAAAGCUAUGAAUGACACCGAAAACCCAUAUGUCAAUGAAAACCCCUCUGAGAAGGAUGCUGAGCAGGAGGGCGAAGAAGGUGGGAUCAUCACUAGGCAGACUUUUAAAAACAUGCUGGCAAAAGAGGCCAAAAAAGAAGAAGGAGAUAUUUUCCCCAACAGUGAUCCUAUUACCACAGUUGGCCAGCCCCUGCCUGGAGAGAGACUGGAAAUCUAUGUCCAGUCUAAGUUAGGUGAGAAAAAUGCCUGUGACCUCUUAGAAAGUGUUCCAUGUCCUUUCCCAGAGCAGUCAGAAGAGAAGCCAGGACCUGUUCCUGCACAAGACGUGGAGGAGGUUGUAAGUGAGAUGGACAGCGCGAACGCCCAGCAUAAAGGUGAUGAUCAUGAUGAGCCAUCCAUCGUGCUCGCGUUGUCAAGCAGUGGAAGUGAUGAUGAUGCUGGGCCCUCAAAAUGGGUACCAAGGCUCACGAGACAGACGUCUUCGAACUACAACCUAAGACAUGCUCAUUCUCUGGACUCCUUGGAUACCACAAAAAUGACUUCAGAAAAGGAAGCACAAGAAAACCCAGUACCCAAGGACGAUGAAGCUUCAGAGAGAGGAGAUCCCAUAGAUGAGGAUGAUGGGGAAGCAGUGGUCGACGACCAGCCCAAGUUUAUGGAAUGGUGUGCCGAGGAGGAAAACCAAGAGCUCAUCGCCAACUUCAAUGCCCAAUACAUGAAAGUUCAGAAAGGCUGGAUCCAGCUGGAGAAAGAAGGCCAGCCAACACCAAGAGCAAGGAACAGGUCGGAUAAGCUGAAGGAGAUUUGGAAAAGCAAGAAAAGGUCACGGAAAUGUAAGGGUCCAUUGGAAGCUCAAAAGUUUUCUCCUGUUCAGAUGCUGUUUAUGACAAACUUUAAAUUAUCUAAUGUUUGUAAAUGGUUCUUAGAGACAACUGAAACCCGGUCUCUGGUCAUCGUGAAGAAGCUCAACACUCGUCUUCCGGGAGACACACCUCCUGUCAAGCAUCCUCUUCAGAAGUACUCACCUUCCAGCCUGUACCCCAGCUCACUGCAGGCCGAACGCUUGAAAAAACACUUGAAGAAAUUUCCCGGAGCUACUCCUGCAAAGAACAACUGGAAAAUGCAGAAGCUCUGGGCCAAAUUUCGUGAGAAUCCUGACCAAGUGGAGCCAGAGAAUGGCAGUGACGUCAACCGUGGCCCCAGUUCUGAAGACAGAAAAGAGGAAGUCAAGGAAGGUAGAAAUGGCCAUCCUUCUACGAGCUCACCUACUCCAGCCAGUACCCGGAUCCUUAGAAAGUAUUCCAAUAUUCGAGGAAAGCUCAGAGCUCAGCAGCGCUUGAUCAAGAACGAGAAAAAGGAAAGCCCUUUUGGUCUGGCUGUGGAAGGUAGACAGAGUUGUAAAAGUGUGUGCAUCCACCCUCUGAUGUCCCCCAGGCAUGCCCUGCAGGUGGAUGCCUACGGGUUUCCCAUUAAACCCAAGCGUGCUGAUGGAACAAAGGGAAGGAAAGGGAAGCAGAUGUCUGAAAUCUUGCCGAAAGCAGAAGUUCAGAAUAAACGCAAGAGGACCGAAGGUGGCAGCACUCAGGACAGAAAGGACAAGGGUCUGGUGAUGAAAGCCAGCAAAGAAAAACGUAUCGAUGGAGCCACCAAAACCCCUGCCGCCAAGAAGCCAGCUGCAAGGGACAGAGUCAGCCACCUGCCCAAAAAGACAUCUUUGAAAGAAAAUAAAGUGAAGAUCCCUAAAAAGUCCUCUGGGAAGAGCUGCCCUCCCUUCAGGAAAGAAAAAGAGAACACAAACAAAAGACCUACCCAGUCCCCCGCCUCAGAGACAGUGACUAAACCUGCAAAGCAAAAAGGUGCAAAUGAAUCCUCUUCAAGGCCACAGAAAGCCGCCAACAGAAAGCAGAACAGUGGAAAGGCUGGGGCCAGACCCUUGAUGAAAAGCCCGGAGAACAGUGCAGCCCAGCGAAAGCGAAAGCUGAAGGCAAAGCUGGACUCUUCCCACAACAAACGGCAGCGGCUGGACGCAAAGUGAUCCGAGGGGUGGCAGCCAAGAGUAAAACUGUUCUAUAGAAGGAACCCUUUAUUUUGCAUUAACUAAAUCCGCUUUUAUAAGCUUAUCAAGCCUUUCAAACCUGCAGUUAAUGGAGAACACCACAAUUUAAGAUGCCAGAAAAUGCAUCUCAGAUGGAGAAGGAAGCUUGCAGUCUUUCUCCGAGGCUGAGUAAGGGAAGUUAUAUAUUAUAUUCUGGUUGUUCCUUGGGUUUUAAACUUGGAACCAAGCAGUUGUAGUUUUUAAAAGUACAGUGCCUUAUUUAUCCCUUUUGUGUUUAAAAUUUACAAAAGCUAAAAAGCUGAUCUAUGUGAUAAAGGCUUGUAUUUUAUACUUGAUGCACAAGCACUUGUACUGUAGCCGAGAAGACCACCGUCAUGCACAUAAAGUAGCUUCCCAGCAGCUCCCUGCAGUCUGUACGUGAGCAGACGCUCCCCUCUACAACCCCAGCAGUGAACUUCCCUCUCUGUCUGGUUUGUCUGUUUAAAUGAUAUUUGAAAGCUAAACCAAAUCAUUUUUAUGGUAUGUGGAGAAUGCAGAGGGCAUUUAUAAUUAUUGUAAAAGAUUAAUAUUUCUGUUACCCUUUUUUAAAAAUCAUAUUCAUGGUAGGUCACUCCUACCUUUGAUCUUUUGUCAUUUGAAAAAAAAUGGAUUCUAAAUUAUGUGCCCAUGAGACAGAAGGUGUGUUACCAGGUAUUGAUUUUGGUUUAUGACCUCUAAAAAUUAUUUGCAAUACUUGUCCUUACCAUCAUUUUCAUUUUGGGCCUUGAGCUUGCUACCACUCUAACGAAGUCCCCCCACCCCCGCUUAUAGCUGUAAUUUGCCAAUUAGGAUGAAAGUGACUAUGCUAAUUUUCUUUUUUACCCUGAGUACUUCCAUUUUCAAAAAGAGCCAAAAUGUUAUUUCCAGUAGUAGAAAAGUUUAAGAGUGUGUGUGCAUGUGCAUUUGGGUACAUUUGCCUCUGGCUAUUGGCCACAAAUGUCUCCUAACCCCAGUUCCACAGUAAAUUCUUUCUUCCCCAUGUUCUGUGCUAGGGGAUUCGUGAACUGGGUGCCAAGGCUUUCUGUGAACAUCCUGCAAACCAUUCUGGCACUGGGCUCAGAAAGGUCAAAAGAGCACAGAGUUAUGUAAAGGCCACAGCAGACUUGCAGUUGGAGGAAGCAGCUCCAGUAUCUUAUAGUGGCCCCACAUGGCCUGCACCCGAGCUAAUGUUCAUGUGGAAGUACAAGUUUAGAAUGGGGUCCAUUCUGAUUGGUUAGCACCGUACUCAUAGUUCAUGCUUGUAGUAUCACUCCUGCCUUUGCCAUGUCAGGCUCAAAAGUGAGAGCUGCAGUAUUUGUAAUUGAUAAUGUUUGCCUUUCCCGGGUGAAGCCUCAAAUGGGUGCAUUGGCUUUACCUUGGUGCCUAUAACAUUGCUCCAUUAUAACACCGUGUGUACUCAACAUUUCCAUUGGGCCAUUCUACAAAAAGGCUUAGUUGUUAAAGCCUCAACCAGUUUCUCAAACAUGCUCUGUCACCAACACAGGCUUAAAAGGACAGCUGCUGCUCUGUCCUUUCUAUUAAAAAUUGUUCCAUUUAGAUUGUUUCAGACCAGUUUAGAUAAACCCAGAUGGACUUUUUUUAUGCUUUAGUUUGUUUAGAUCAUGAUAAAACAGGCCUUCUAUCCAAUCUGUAAAAGGCUUGCUGUAUAUGUACAACGAAAACUUCUGAUGAUUGGAUAGGCCUGGAAAAAAGCAUUUGAUUCAUGGGAAAUGGAGAGUUGUAUUGAAUUUCAUAGAUAGUGAAGCCUAUCUUCAGUGAAGCCGUGAUUUUUUUUUCCUAAUGUCUCCUCUAUCCCAUAAGUCUCAAUUUUUUUAUAUAUAUAUAUCUUUGACUAUGGCCAAUGAAGAGCUACCUAUGUUAAUGAAACUGCUGAGUGUGUAUGUUGGCAACCCUUUCUCAGCAUUAAGUUGCACAAAAGCAUUAAUAUGUUUUGAGUAAGUUCGUUUAAUCUUUAAAAAGUGGUUUUAAAGUUUAAAAAAAUCUUUAUGUAGAGUCGUCACUGGAUAUUGUUUUUGUGGUGACUUAUAGCUGAGGUUUGAGGAUGUCAGGUGUGCGGAUUCCUGUACAUGCGUUCAAGAUGCCCCCUUAGCUGCACAUAGACGACCUUGGAAGGGUGCUUGCAUUAUGUUAGAGAGAGGUGUGAGGCAGUAGGUGGGUGGAACUGUUCCAGUUCCAGAUUUAUAAUUCAUUCCAUUACUUUUCUACAUUCUUUUUGUUUUGUAAAAGUUCACUUCAAGAUAAUAGCCUUCUCUCCCAUUCUAAAAAGCAUUUGAGAAAAGUUA